CAAUUUUCCCGCGCCCUUGUGUUUUUUUUUUGUUUUAUUCAUUUAUUCUUUCUCUUUGUACUUAUAUUUUUUUCUUUUUUCUUUUUUUUUUCUUCUCCUCACCAGCGUUGGAGCAUUUAUUUUUAUUGAGAACUGUCACGCACGUGCUUGCUCAUUUGCAUCUCCAUUCUCCAUCGUUUCCAGGAGCGCAGGAACAGCGUGCGAACAAGACGUGACGCGCAAAGGCGUCCCCCACCCACAAAGCUCUCCACGGAGUUCCCGCUUUGCCGUAUCGAAUCCGUAUCAGCAUCGGAAACCGGAUGAUAAGGACAUGCCGGAGCAUGGCUCUUGCUCUUUUGGCUCGGACGAAGCAGAACGCUCUCUCUCGGCUCUCGGCAAAAAUGGACGCACGCACCGCGCGCGGCAGCUGACGCGUUUAUGUCUGCCAACAGAGCUCGGUUUCGCAGUCGUGAGUGAAUCGUUGAAGGAAGCGGUCAUAAAACACGAACGGUACUCGCUUCCCAGUGCAGGUUGUUUUGGGGGGUUGGUUUUUUGGUUGCGUUGUUGUUGGGGUUGAAGGUUCGGUUAAUGUAACACCGUUUACUUGCUGUAGCCGUGAUUGUUUCGGCAGGUGAGUGACAGAGGUCCCCCCACGGGACGUGACACUGAACGGGGUAAGGCUGUGGACGCUACCAUAACCAAGCCAAAACACAUGCACCCACACAUCAUCGCGUACAAGCGCAGGUGACGCGCACCAGGUGUUGAACACGGCAUCAAUCAAAGUGGUGGCACUUUCCGUUUUUUUUUUUGGUGGGCACCGUGUGGUGACACGUGCAUCGGCACAUCAUCCUCUGCCUAGUAUCGAGAAUUAGUCGAACGAAGCAAGUAGAAGCAAAAACCAACCAACAACAAGCGAAACUAGCGUGACACGGGUUAACGUUAAGUGUGCGUGUGAAGAAAUAAGUAAAUGAAGCAACAAAGCAGUACCGUUAGUAAGGGUUAUCAAAGGAGGACACCACGCAUAUAACCCGCAACAGUAACGCAGCAGUGUGUGAAUAAGCCAAAAAGGAGCAACAAAACAACAACAGCCAAACCACCGAAACCAGGAUCGUUAAACAUACCGCGACCGCGACAAACAGUUGUUGAAAAGUUUCGUACCAAUCCGCACCGGUAUUGAAGUCAGCUGGAGCAAAGCUUUAGUGCCGCCGUAAGGUCAUCCGGGUUGUAACACGGCAAACUACUUCGGAAACUUCCACUUCAAAACCCCCAGCAAAAGGAACAAAUUUACAACUGGCGUUACAGGAACAGGUCGGCUGUAAACGUGCUGUAAACUAAGCUUUAACCACACACCAACGCAACAUAUCAACGACCCGGCAGGUGCCCAACCCCAACAAAAAAAAAACGACGACGACCGUAUCAACUUUCGGCUGGUACAGCUCGAAACAGACCACCUGCCCGCACCAAAAACCUUUAGCAUGGACAAUUAGUAAUCAGUAGCGGUAGUAGCCCAAUUUUCCCGCUCCCCCGCCACCCCCUGUUGUAAGCUUUACCUUUAGGGCAAGGCGUCGAGAUUAGCGUGUAGGAAGGAAAGGAACGUAAACGCAAACAGCAACCUUUCGCCAAGAUGUCGCUGACGGUGCGAAUUAACAAGUUUCAGCUGCCAAAGCCGAAAGCAAAUCUGCUCGGGCGGGUUGAAUUUCGUGGUGUUGCUCAUACGACCACCGAGCUUAACUGUGGCGCUGAGCUCGUCGAAGUCAAUCAGAGCUUCAUUUGGCCGCUCGCACGGGCUGCGGACGAGACGGAAACGAUAACGGUCGAGCUGCGGCAGCAGACAACGAAGAUACUGCUCAAAACGGCUAUCGGCGGUGGGUCCGGUGGCACAUCCGGUUCCGCAUCCAGCCGUGGCAGCAUCACCAGCAGCACCAAAAUUAUCGGCCGAUUCGUGAUGCUGGCGCAAGCGCUCAUCCACGAGGGUCGUCUGAGGAUAGAGGACCGGCUGGUGGACCUGUCGAACAAGCCAAUCGAUGCAUUCGUCAGUUUUGACGUGUACUACCAAAGCCCGGAAGAUGAGUCGGGUAACUUCUACUCGCCGCGUGUCGUACACUCCCUUCAUCAGCAAUCGAGCAUCGACGACGACCAGCAGAUGUUGCUAAACAUCGAACAGAACAUAGCCAAUCUCGAGAAGAGUAUAUCGCAGGGCAAAGCGUCCGAACCGGGUGCGUCGUCCAGCUCGGCCACAUCACGCCGUACGGGACGCACCGGUACAAAUGGUGGCGAACGGAAGCCCAACAUUAUCAAACGCGUCAUGUCUUCCGGUUCGGCUGGGCUUAGCGAACGGGCCGCACCAUCGAAAUCGUCCGAUCAUGCGUCGUCGGAUAAUGAGGCAUCGACCCGACCGACCCGUUCGCUGGCGGACAAAAAGGUAACGCUACGCACCGUCCGUAACUUUAUGCGACUCGGUCGUUCCCGGCAAUCGUCACGGGAAAGUACGGCCAGCAGUACUGAGGAUGAGGGUAAAUCGCUUAUCGGCGAUUCGGACUAUACGCGCGUACAGCCAGAAAUGGUGGACGGUGGUGGUGGUGGUGGUGAGUUGGCGGGACGAUCCAUCGGUACGAGUGACGCUGAACAGGGUGUACCGUCGGAUAGCCCAACGCACGGUACGGGCAAGAUGGGUGAAACCGUAUCGCAAACAUGUAGCACACACUCGAAUGCGUCCAGCGAUGGCGAAGAUGUAACCGCUAAUGAGAAGCUCAAGAAAAUCAAGAGCCUGGCAAAAGGAAAUGACCACCUCAAGUCGCAAGACUUUCAGGUUUGCGUUACGAUUAUUGAGGCGCGCCAGCUGCCGGGACUGAACAUGGAUCCGGUGGUAUGCAUUCAGGUUGGUGACCAGAAGAAGUAUACCAGCGUAAAGGAGAGCACCAACUGUCCGUACUACAACGAGUACUUCGUUUUCGACUUUCACAUGCCACCGGUGAUGCUGUUCGACAAGAUCAUAACGCUCUCAGUCAUCCAUUCUCGCAAGUUCAUGCGCUCCGGAACGGUGGUGGGCUCGUUCAAAAUCGAUCUUAAAACAGUCUACGAUGCGCCCGAUCAUCAAUUCUACCAUAAGUGGGCACUACUCUCCGAUCCGGAGGACUUUGCCGCCGGACCGAAAGGUUAUCUCAAAUGUGAUGUCGGUAUCAUCGGCAAGGGAGACACGGUAAAGGUACCACCGAAGUCGGAAAAGGAUCCAGAUGAUAUAGAAGCGAAUCUGCUGUUGCCGGACGGUGUGCCGAUCGAGCGGCAGCGUGCGAAGUUCAUAGUGAAGGUGUACCGUGCGGAUGGAUUACCACGCAUGAACUCAUCCAUCAUGGCGAACGUGAAGCGUGCCUUCACCGGCGAGACAAAAGAUCUAGUUAACCCAUACGUGCAGGUGUCAUUCGCGGGACUCACGGGCAAAACGAAUGUGAAAAAAGCAUCGUACAAUCCGGUGUGGAAUGAGCAGCUCGUCUUUACGGAGAUGUUUCCACCGCUGUGCCAGCGCAUCAAGAUACAGCUGCGCGAUGCCGAUCCAAUGAAACCGUCUAUCAUCGGUACGCACUAUAUCGAUCUGAAACAGAUAUCGAACGAUGGUGAGAAGGGCUUCCUGCCAACGUACGGACCAUCGUUUGUCCAUCUGUACGGUUCGACGCGUGACUACAACUUACUCGAUCAGCACUCUAACCUCAACACUGGACUCGGGGAGGGUGUUAGCUAUCGGGCCCGUUUGCUCAUUGCAAUCCGCACAGAAAUUACCGACAAUGUGGAGCUGUUCGCCGACAAGAACGUGGAAGUUGAACCAACGCUACCGAUAUGUGAGUCAUCCUACUGCAAAACGGACGGUUUCUUCCUGUACGCCACUGUGCUGGAGGCGUCAAUGUUAGACAAGAAAGUAUGCGACCGUUCGGUGUACUUCGAGCUGAGCAUGGGUAAUGCGGGGAACUCGCUUGAUGGACACAAUGAAAGUGCCACUACCAACAUGGACGAUGAUGAUGAUCCGGUGUCGAUCGAUACGACCGCAUACAACAGUACGACAAGCGCCUGUAAACCUAUCUCACAUGACAAGAACCACUACUACCUACCGUACUGGGAUUACAAACCAUGCAUGGAUGUGCGGGCCUGGUUUCCGGAUCUGAGGCGUCGCAUGUACAACAGCAACAUGAUAGCGAAGAUUAGUGAACGGUUGGAGGUCGGUCUUGCCGAAACGAACCUACUGCUUGAGGAUGAAGAUCCGACGGCGGAGGUGAAACUACGCGGCGUACUGGAGGAGGUGGCAUCGAGCUGCAACAAGUACGUCACGAUUACGAAGGGUGCCCUCGUGGGUCCCGGUACCGGCAAGACGAAGCUGGACAAGGAACGGUUAAAGCUCUGCCAGCGUGAGCUAGAAUCGAUUGGCAAUAUGGCACGCAAUCUGCGUGCACUUGUUACGAAAAGCUCCAUGCGCGAGCGGUACCGGACGGCUCAAAGUUAUUUGGCACGGCUACGCUUCCUGGUGGAGGACCCGCAGCAUGCGCUGCCCGAUGUGUUUGUGUGGAUGAUUGCAAACGGUAAGCGUGUCGCUUACCACCGUUUGGAUGCGCGUGAUCUGCUAUACUCCACCAUUGAGGAAGAGACCGGCAUACACUGUGGGAAGGUGCAGACGGUGUUCCUGAAGCUACCGGGUCGGCAGGCGGAAGGACCGGCCGGUUGGCAUGUGAGGGCGAAACUAUCCAUAUACCUGUGGCUUGGUACACUGAAGCACAAACGCUUCUUUUACACCGGUUUACCGAAGGGGUACGAACUGCUGCACGAGCUGAAGCACGCUGAGAAGGUGAAUGUGCCGGCACCGACAACGGUGCACUACGUCGAGCGGCACGUAUUUCAGCUGCGGGCACACAUCUACCAGGCACGGUCACUUAUCGGUUCCGAUGCGUCCGGUUUGAGCGAUCCGUACGCGACGGUUUACGUUACCGAGCACGCGAAAACAACGCAGGUGAUCGAGGAAACGUUAAGCCCAACGUGGGACGAGCUGCUCGUGUUUGACGAGGUCACCGUGUAUGGUUCGAAGGAUGAAAUUAGGCGCGAUCCGCCAACGAUCGUGAUCGACGUGUACGAUCAGGAUAAGGUGGGCAAGUCGGACUUUAUCGGGCGGGCCAUCGCUCGGCCACGGGUGAAGCUACGCGAAAACCACUACAGUACGCCCGUGCUCGAGUGGUUCGAAAUAACGCGUGGUUUAGAUGGGGCCGGUGAACUGUUGGCUGCGUUCGAAAUGCUCGAACACGGUUCGGAGGAUGUACCGAGGCUGUCCGACCCGAAGUAUGUGGCGUGCAGUAGCGGUAGCGAUCAUACACCGCAGCCGACGCUUGCCAUCCUACCGGUACCGCAGGAGGUUCGACCUAAUUUGGCCCGUUUCCGGAUUGAGGUGUUGUUUUGGGGUUUGCGCGAUCUAAAGCGGGUACACUUCAUGACGGUGGACAAGCCGCGCAUCGAUAUUGAAUGUUCCGGGCGCAUACUUAACUCGAGCAUCGUGCAAAACGCAAAAAAGAAUCCAAACUUUGCCAACAUGUUGAAGUUUUUCGAUCUGGAUUUGCCGAUUGAGGAGCGGUACGCACCGCCGAUUACGAUCCGGGCCGUUGAUUGCCGUUCGUUCGGGCGGUACACGCUGGUCGGGACGCAUCAGAUUACGUCGAUCCAUCGCUAUAUGCACAGACCGCCACCGAAGGAAGAUCCCAAGCGGUACAAUCAGGACGGACAGCUGGUGCUGGCGAGAAGGCGUACCGAUGCCGUUGGCAAUGUCAUCCCCGAUACGGGCAUGCCCGGUGAAUCGUGGUCCGGUGACAAUCUGACACUGUACGGUGCGGCGUGCGUGGCAAAGGCGGGCGGUCCUGGGCGUGGCAAGCGAGCGAAACGGAAGCCCCUGGAAGCGCAGGGUACGUUCGACGGGCAGGACGGUGCUGGUGGCGAUGGUGAUGACGACGACGAUGGUUCCAGCAAGGACUGGUGGACGAAGUACUUCCUCUCGUACGAGCGGCUAAUCGAAUCGGCCAAAAGUGCUGGCACGGGUGGAGUUGGCGCCGGUGCCUGCGGUGGUAUGGGCGCGAUCGGGAUCGGUCCCGGCGAUGGGGCCGGUGGAUCGGCCGACGGUGGCAAAAAGCUAGGCGUCAAAACAUCGCGACUAGUGUCCAAGCUGAGCCCGAAAGCGGCACCGAAAAAACCGUCCAAUCCGCGCGUCGCCACCUGCCAGAUAUAUCCGAGCGAGCUGGAAUCGGUGUACGAGUACGGACAGUUUAAGGAGUGGCUACACUCGUUCCCACUGUACCGGGGCAAGAAAACCGGCGACAGCACCGAGGAUGAAACGCGCAUCGUCGGUUUCUUCAAGGGUGCGAUCAAGGUGUACCGGUUGCCGAUCGAGAAGGGGAUGGAACCGGCCUUCGCACCGACACUGCCGCUGAACGAUCCGAUCCAUGUGCUGGUGCGCGUGUACGUCGUAAAGGCAACCGAUCUGCAUCCGAUGGAUCUGAACGGUAAGGCGGAUCCGUACGUAGUGCUGCAGCUCGGCAGUAAGCGUGUCUCCGACAAGGACAACUACGUCAGCAAGCAGCUGAACCCGGUGUUUGGCAAAUGUUUCGAGAUCGAAGCGACCUUCCCGCAGGACUCGAUGCUGACGGUGCAAAUCUUCGACUGGGAUUUGGUCGGUUCGGACGAUCUGAUCGGUGAGACGAAGAUCGAUCUGGAGAAUCGCUUCUACAGCCGCCAUCGGGCGAUGUGCGGUAUCUCCGCACGCUACGAAGACUCCGGCUAUAAUAUAUGGCGCGAUCCGAUGAAACCGACGCAAAUACUUUCCAAGCUGUGCAAGGACAACAAGCUGGAAUCGCCACAGUAUCUGCAGGAUCGUGUUACGAUCGGACGCUGUUGCUUUCUGUUUACCAGUGAGGAGAUACAAACCUGGUCCAGUCCUACCUCGAUCAAGUACCGGGACGAACAUCUCGCGCUAGCAGUACUGCACCGCUGGGAAGAGAUGCCACGGGUUGGUUGCAAGAUCGUACCAGAGCACAUCGAGUCGCGGUCGCUGUACAACAGCGACAAACCAGGCAUCGAGCAGGGCAAGCUUGAGAUGUGGGUCGAUAUGUUCCCAAUGGAUAUGCCACUGCCCGGUCCACCGGUCGAUAUUUCACCGCGCAAGCCCAAAUCGUACGAGCUGCGCGUUGUUAUCUGGAACACCGAUGACGUCGUGCUGGAAGAUGAUGCAUUCUUCACCGGUGAAAAAAUGUCCGACAUCUACGUGAAAGGCUGGCUAAAAGGACCCCAGGACAUGCAGGCGACGGAUAUACAUUAUCGCUCACUGACGGGUGAAGGUAACUUUAACUGGCGCUUCAUCUACCCGUUCGAGUAUCUUGCCGCGGAGGAACGGAUCGUACUAUCGCGCAAGGAGUCACUGUUCAGCUGGGACGAGACGGAGGUAAAGAUACCGGCACGGCUCGAGCUGCAGGUGUGGGAUGCGGAUCACUUUUCGGCGGACGAUUUUCUCGGCGCCAUCUCGCUGAACUUGAACCGGUUUCCGCGCGGUGCCAAAUCGUCCAAGCUCUGCACGCUGGACAUGCUGCGCACCGAUAACGUGCCGACGGUAAACAUCUUCAAGCAGAAGCGCGUCCGCGGCUGGUGGCCGUUCUUCAUCAAGAAGGAAAACGACGAGAUGGAGCUGACCGGUAAGGUGGAGGCGGAGAUCCAUCUGCUAACGAAGGAGGAGGCGGAGAAGAACCCGGCCGGGUUUGGACGGAACGAGCCGGAUCCGCUCGAGAAACCGAAUCGUCCGGAUGCCUCGUUUAUGUGGUUUCUUAACCCGCUCAAAUCGGUACGGUACAUUGUGUGGCACAACUACAAGUGGAAGAUCAUCAAGGGGCUGAUCAUCAUCGGGAUCGCCAUCUUGCUUCUCUUGUUCUUCUAUGCCGUACCUGGGUACACGGUGAAAAAGAUGCUCGGCGCGUAAGCACAGCCAGCAGAGGAUACGAACAAACGCACACAUAGUAGUGAAAAAACAACCUUAAAUUCAACUAACCGAAACCACCACUUAACGUCUAAGAAACAAAAAGGAAAAAACAACAAAACAAUCACUCAAUCUCAAUCUACCAAACAAUUUCUAUUUCAUACGAAUUCUUACCACACAAAAGCGCAAACAAACUUUAAAAGCACAAAACAAACCCCCAACAAAACGGUGGCCCCCCAGCGGGUAUCUUGCUUUGCGAUCAAUGCGACGUUACAAAGGCGCACUGUAUUUAGGUCCCCCCCCCCCCCGGGGGGUUCCAAAUAUCGUCCACGCGACACCAAACCACAAACGUAGCGUACUAGAUAAAGAAACGAAGCGGGGUCGUGACGAAGGAUGGAGGAUAGCCCGCGGAAGCACAUACAUAUUUACAGAUAUUUAUACAUAUUCGUAUAUACACUUCAUUUAUUCACAUUGAGAUGUUUUAUGCAACGAAUGACCGAAUCAUCCGGAAACCAUCCAAGAUAUGAGGGAUAAAGAGGGGGAGCAAAAGAAAAAGGCACGUUAGAAAAAUUAAACAGCAACAAGAAAAAAACGCAACGCUGAUAGGGAUGCAAUUGUCAUGAAAAAAAAAACAAACAAAAAAAAAAGGGCACAAAACGGAUAUGUUUUAGGAGUAUCAAAACCGUGUACAUACACUCCCGUAACGAUAAGGGAAGCGAGUCGUCUACUCCUGUUGGGUGCAUUUGUAAGGCAUCAUCCUGAAACCAAACCCCAAAAACAAAAAAGAAAGCCCGUUAAAUACCCUGUUUUUAUCCGACAUCGCGUUGUUCGUUUCUAAGGACCAAAGAGUGUUUAAGUUUUGGGGUGUGUGUGUGUUUUUUUUGUUGGUUUGUUUUAUACAAACAUAUUUACAUAUUUAAUUCCUGUUGCUGGUUAUAACAAAACAAGAAAGUAAUUAGAGCUUAAUCAAGGAACGGAAUGCAACGGAACAGCACAUUCGUACUUAAAGUCAACACAACUAAUCAAACGUUAUCAGAGCUCUAUCGAACAAUUCAUAUACAAAGCUAUUAAUGGGGUGGGGGGUGGGAGGAUGGUGGUACACCAUGACUGCUCUCAACCCUUUAACUUACCACUUACACAUACAAACACACAUCAAACUUAUGGUAGCGUAGCGCAUCUAUUUGCGAAUUCUUCAAUUCUUACGAAAGAGAUAUAUAUAUAUAGAGUGAAUGAAAAAAAAAGAGUACACAUACACUGUAAAGUAGAUAGUGCAACCAAAAAAAAAAACAAAACAAACUAGAAAUCCACUUUAUUCAAUUCAAAUCUUAAUCAAACAGCAAAAGUAUCCCUUAUUUUUAAUUGGGGAUUACCUAGGAUUUACAGUUUGCUGGUUUUAAACCGGCCCGUUUUUGCAUAAAAGCCCCCACCAUUCCCUUGAUAAUGUUGGUACCAUGCAAUCUUACCUUUAUAUGGUGUAUUUGCGUUCCACUUGCCUCCGUAUAUCAAGCGCAGAGCUGAUGCACUAGACACUAGUGAUGGGUAA